AUGUCUCUCUCUGCCUCCAACGUUGUUGCACGUAUGUUGCCUUCUCCCGCCGCCAUGAAACAAAACCCCCUGAAACGCAAACGCGAAGAUAAGAUCACUCAAGAUAAAGCUGUAUCUGUGGCUAUGCAUAAAGAAGACGACGAGCGUGAACAUACCGAGCCUCCUCCUCCGUCUUGGGGAGUUCUAGACGUUCUUGGCAAUUACAUGGAGCCUAAGACUCUCUGCGUCGCCUCUUGCGUCUCAACCGCGUGGUUACGCUGUUUUUCCUCGGAGGAUCUAUGGAAGUAUAUCAUGAUGGCACGGGACGCGAAACGCCGCCGCAAAGAUAAACCGGCGGAGCUCAAGAUAUCCCUCUCGGAUCUCAGCUUUAUCGUCCACGUGUCAGCUGGAACAAAGGAAACAUCGGUUCUCAUAAAGGGGGAAGACCUCGAGUUUGGCCCUAAUGACAAGUUCCAUAUCGAAGUCGACUUAAGCAACUCCGGGAUCACUGCCGGUGAGAAGGACGUGAGGCUGACGUGUCAAGUUGUGUACAAAAGUACUUGGGAAAACUUCUUCACGUUAGCGGAUACUACAGGAUCGUUGAACACAAGCUAUGGGUGGUUCACUGAUGAACUUAAGGACAAGGAUAACCGCAAGCUCGUAGGCGACGUCAAGCCAAGUUUUAACGGCGAUGUUCUUAACAAGAAUGGAUUUGCGAUAGUUGACUCGGACGGCUGGGGAUCUCUAUUUAAGCUUUAUUCGAUUCAUCUUCUUGUUAAGAUACUAUCGUUUCUUCCAUCAAAAACUGUUGUAUCCACUAGCAUUUUGUCUGAGAUAUGGGAGUUUCUUUGGAUGUGGUUGUCUAAACUCGAGUACAUAAACGAUUUCAGUAGUCCAAAGCCUUCGCUUCGAGAUUUUAUCAAAAAUAAUCUGCCUUUACUAAAUCAUUUCAGCCUGAGGAUGUUAAACUGU